UUUGCCUUAUUCUCCUCAUCAUGGCUGCUGCAACUCACAACCAACUCUCAAAUAACAGCUUAGAAAUUCCUAUUUAUGCAAAUGAUAUUAUGGACUCAAAACAUUGCCAGAAGAUUGAAGAAGGUGAAAAUGUUGAUUACUUUCAAAGGGCACAGUGGCUUCGAGCUGCUGUAUUGGGAGCCAAUGAUGGGCUUGUUUCUGUUGCAUCGUUAAUGAUGGGUGUUGGGUCCGUUAAAGAAGACAUUAAACCCAUGCUCCUUGCUGGUUUUGCAGGUUUAUUUGCAGGGGCUUGCAGUAUGGCAAUUGGGGAGUUUGUGUCUGUGUACACCCAGAGGGACAUAGAAGUGGCACAAAUAAAGAGAGAGAACUCAAUGAAAGUUGGAGGAGAGAAUGAAGAAGAGGGUGAGAAGGAGAACCUUCCAAAUCCUUUUCAAGCAGCUUUUGCAUCAGUCCUUGCAUUUUCAGCAGGUGCAGUAAUGCCAUUAUUGGCAGCUGCAUUUAUAAAGCCACAUAAAGUAAGACUGGGUGUCCUAAUUUUAGUGGCUAGCUUGGCCCUGGUUGUUUUUGGAAUUGUAGGAGCAGUGUUAGGGAAGACUCCAAAGGUGAAGUCUAGCAUUAGGGUUCUUGUUGGAGGCUGGGUGGCAAUGGCAAUCACCUUUGGGCUGACCAAAUUAAUUGGCUCCAAUGGACUGCAAAUGUGAUUUCUGGGUUUUGACUUUUGUCCUUUUGUUGAUUGUAAACUUGUUUUCCUUUGGCUACCUCUACUUUUUGGUUUGACCUUUCUUGAGUAUGCUUGUGUUCAGUUUUUAAUGUGUCAUAUGUCAUGGUCCAAGAGUUUUCUAAAUGGAAGUGAAGGUGUCAAUUGAGCUAAUCUAACUAGUGAUGUCUCUUAAGACUUUACUUAGCACCAGAUGGCUUUAUUCCACCUUCACCCUUUUGGUUGUGGUUCUUUGGACAGAGGAAGAGCUACCCUCUUAUAUGUGGUUCACCCUUUGGAGAAAAUAAAAGUUUGUAAAUGGAAAUGAAUAA